GUUGUUGGCUUCUGCUUUCAUGUGGCAUCCACUGCAAGAAGGUGUUGUGAGAACCAGUGAGCCCCUCUUUUCCUCCAUCACUGACUGAGGGACGUGAGCUGUGGAGGAUCUCACCAGUGGCCCUGCCAGGACUGACGCCAGGGCUAGGAAGCCCUCUCACCGCUCCCGUGCCUUGCAGUGGCUUUACACAACUCCGCGAUAUUAGAACUUCACAGAAGCCAAAGCCGCCACAAAGGGGACAGAGCAUUGACUGGACCAUGAAGCCCUCAGCCCUGUGGAUUGUGGUGGAAUGUGCUUGCAGAAUGCUUGGGGUCUCAACAGCAGCAGUGCUGUGCGCAGUGGGGGUGGAAACCUUGCGUCAAGGGAAGUUCCACAACCUGGCCAUUUACCUCCUCGUGUCCUCUGGAGGCAUGAUGGUACUGGAGGUGUCCUACUUCGUAGAUGCCCUCUUGGCGAUGUGCCUGCCCUGCCCUCCGCAGUGGAUGAUCUUUGUCUUGUGGAAAAAGGUGGCGAACCUUGGUGGUUUCCAGAAAUUUCUGUAUUACACCAUAAUGUCUGUGGUGUGUUUCCUGCACCCAGUGCUUGCAUGGCAUGCUGUCAUCCCAGGAACCAUGCUGUUGGUUACCGGCUUGGCCUACUUCAUCCUGAGCAAACGGAAAUAUGCAGGGCUGUCCAAGGAGGCAUGUCCCCACGAGCACUACUCCGAGGCACUGACUGCGGCCACCUACACCUGCGAGUCCGGCGACACGGGCCACACCUACUCUUUCCUCCGUCUGGUGGGCGGCAGGAGGGCAUCUGCACUAGUGUCCUUCCCUGGCAUGGGUGGAGCAGGGGGUGUGGCACAGGGCAGGCCACAGGGGGUGCAGGAUCGCCCCCAGGGGCCCAACAGAAAGAGCGACAGACGACACGUUCACUUCACAGAGGGCACACAGAGUGAAACUGAGCUGCAGGAGUACGAGGACCGGGAGCCCGAGGAGGUGACCUGUGACAAAGCCCCCAUGAUCCAAGUGUGACCGACUCUGUGGCUGUGACUAUGGCUGUGAAUGGUAUCAUGUUCGUCUAUCUCGCUGUCAGAGCACAGUAUCGUUCCCGUCUCAUUUCGUCCCUGGACAGUGAAAUGUGCUCGUUCUUCUCCAGGCUGUCUUCUCAACACAAUAUUCAUAUUUCAGUGCCCUGAAAGCGAGUUGCUAGAACUACAUAUAACUCCACGUCCCUUUUUAAAUGUAGUUAAACCAGAUCAAAAGUAUAUUUUUAGAAAUCAUUUUCAAACACAGGAUUAUGAUCUGAUUCUUUUUUUACAAUUUAUAUUUAUGUAUGUGCAGCACAUAAACUGCACACA